AUGAGUGAGCUCCUGAACUACAUCCUCAAUAAUGAGGAUGCAUUUCGAAGAAAUCGCCUUCCGUCCCUUUACUCCGACUUCACCCUCCAAAAGAAAACAAACCCCGACGGUUACGCUGUUAACAUUGCUGCUUGGGAACAAGCCUUGAACCGAGCAGCCAAGCGCGGAUACACAUCCUCGCGCGGUGUGCGCGUGCGCUCAGGGUCCAUUGGGUCCUCACAGAGCGCCGCGGGAAAUCGAAAGAAGACUGAUCACCUCAUUCUACGCACGGAUGAGUCGCUACUACGGGAACUGGAGCUGCCGGAGUGGGGGAGGCCAGUAGCACUGGGUGCUGUGUUCGCUGAAGCUAUGCACAAACAUACUAUGAUUCCCUUGCCAGUGUACAAGGCCAGUGGGUCGAGUCUGCAGAAGAGCCAGUGGAGACUUAUCGACCCCAGUGCAUUGAGCCCGUGGAAUGUCAUGAGUUGGGGGGCGCGACAACUGAAAGGGUUCAUUGUGGGCUCAGAGGGGGAGUCUGCGCCCCAGUUACGGGUACAGGAAUUGGUAUUGGUGGAGAAUUUGCAGGAAGCGGCGGACUUGGUUGUUAAGAAGGCCACUGGCGGCAAUUCGUCCAAGCUGGACCUCAUAUACUCCAAAGAAAGCUUCACUGAAGAGUUCGCAACCGUGCUGAACGAUGCCACAGAGUUGUCAGACUCCGAUCUUGAUAUUCUUUUGGUCUAUCUGUCCCGCGAUAGCGGAGCCAUCGCAUAUGAUGGCAAGACCAUCAAGUUCAAGUCAAAUGACGAACCAGCACAUAUCACGCAGCAAGACGCCACGAUCGCCUCGAUCAAGACGCUUGUAUCAACGAUCUCGAAACAGGUUAAGAACCUGGAGGAUAAAGUUGCAGAGCUGACUGCGUCUGCGAAGGCAGCUCUGGCAAAUAAGAAUCGCAUUUCUGCACUAUCGGCAGUGAAGUCCAAGAAGAUGGUUGAGCAUAAUCUUCAACAACGACUGAACACACUUGCCCAGCUUGAGGAGGUCUAUGCCAAGAUCGAGCAGGCCGCCGGCCAGGUGGAGAUUGUUCAAGUCAUGGAAGCAAGCACCGGUGUUCUUCGUGGGUUGCAUGCACAGAUCGGCGGAGCAGAGCGCGUCGAGGAUGUUGUCGAGGAGUUGCGCGAGGAGAUGUCCAAGGUGGAUGAGGUUGGAAGCAUUAUGAAUGAGGUAGGACCUGUCUUCGACGAAGGUGAAAUCGACGAGGAGCUCGAGGCCCUGGAGAAGGGUGAUCGGGAGGCACGAGAAACGAAAGAUGCCGAGGCGACGCGCAAAAGGCUUGCCGAGCUGGACAGCCUCAAGCAAGCCUCAGACGAAGCAGCACGCAAAGCACAGAGAGAGACGGAUGUGGACAACCAGCUGGCAGAGAGCAUUGGAAAACUCUCAAAUAUGUCAGUCGAAGAUCGGACGUUGCCCGCUGAAUAA